AUGUAUGCGACAGCAUUAAAGAUUUUAAAGGAACAAUUUGGACAGCCAAGUACUAUAGUUCGUUCUUUGGUUAAUCAACUUACCAAGGGAGACAAGAUUCAACGUAACGAUAGACGCACGCUUCGAGAACUUUCGAUAGACUUAGUUAAUUGCGUAGCAACCAUGCAUCAAGUCAAGUACUUCGCUGACGUCAACGCCAGUGACAACCUCCGAAAGAUAGUGAUGAGAUUACCGGAUUAUCUCAUUCAGAAAUGGAAAAGCGUAGUAAUAGAUAUUAGAGAGAAACAAAGAUCCCCUACGAUUGAAGAUAUUAGUACCUUUUUGCGAAAACAAGUAAAGGCGGAAUUUGAUCCCGACUUUGGAGAUAUGUCUCUAAAACCUCCCAAGUACGACCCGCGAAAGGGCGAAGCAAGAGAACGACACAGAAUUAACGCAGCACAAAGGAACGAGCAUUCGAAAGCCUUGAAAUGUUAUGUGUGUAAUGAAGACCACAAAGUGAUAGAAUGUCCUACCUUGGCUGAUUCCACCGUCCCAGAACGUUUCAACUUAGCGAGAGAGGCAAGAUUAUGCUUUUCUUGCCUGAAUAAAGGUCACAUGAUGAGAGACUGUAGAUUGAAGAAAAAAUGCGAGAAGAAUGGAUGCACAAGACUUCAUCAUCAACUGUUACAUGAAGAGCCUGGAACAAUGAGCGGCAUAUCAUCAGUACUGGACAAGGGAAGCAUUCUACCAGUUGUUAGAGUUUGUUUCAGAGCACCAAACAGUCGAACACGCGAAGGAAAUGUCCUAAUCGACAGCAGCGCAGGUACAACAGUAAUUCGAAAGGAUUUUGCCCGAUCACUUGGUCUGCAAGGCAAACGAGAAAAAAUUGACCUAGCCGUUGUUGGAGGAGAAAGAGUUGAACAACCCCAAAGCAGAAGAGUGACCUUCUCAAUCUCAGCACUCAACAGAGCCAAAGAGCACAGAAUAGAAGCCCACAAGAUCGAGAAAACCGUUUUAAGUGUCCCACGUUUGGAUCGUCCGUGGUUGAAAUUAUUUUGCACACCUUCGAGACAUCGACUUCUCGCAUAAAGCUGGUCCAAUUGAUCUUAUCUUAGGUGUCCAGUUCAGUCAUUUGCACGCAGAAGAUGAAGUACAUCAAGGCAGUCAAUUUGAGCCUGUUGGGAAAAGAACGAAGCUAGGAUGGUUUGUCAUCAGUUCUGAUAGUUCACAGAAAACGUCCAAAGUAUGUUCAAUAAGUUUUGUCCAACCCUCAACCUAGAGAAAUUCUACGAGUUUGAAACCCUCGGAAUCCAAGCCCCCCAAUGUCAUUGUCCACAGAUAGCUAUGUCACCUGACGAUAGAAGAGCCAUCGAGUUAAUGGAGAACUCCUGUAAGCAGCAAGGAGGGAGAUAUAUCAUUGGACUUCCUUGGAAGAAAGAUAAAAAUCUUUUGCCUAACAAUUAUUCACUCGCUGAGAAAAGAUUGUUUUCGCUGGAAAGAAGCCUGAAAAGGAACGAUGUUAAGGCUAGUCUGUACAAUCAAGUCAUGAAUGAAUAUGAAAGAAAUGGUUGGUCGCGUCAGUUGUCACAAGAAGAAGAAGAAGCCAAAGAUAAACCAUCGCCGGACAUGGCAAGUUACGUUAUGAUCAAGAUUGCGAAUGAAAAUGAGUCCCAAUGUCCUCAAGCUGCCGUGAUUCUCAAACGUGAUCGGUACAUGGAUGAUCUUAUUCAUUCAACAAGCACGCAGGAAGAAGCAGAAAAGUCCAAAAGCGAAGUCGACGACAUGUUAGCUACGGGGAGUUUUAAGAUAAAGGAAUGGUUUGUUUCGUCGUCCGUUCAAGAAAUGCAAGCUGAGAACAUUUCUAGUCCGGAAGAAGAAAAUCAUGAUUUCAAAGAUAACGUGAUAGGUGUAAAUAGUGAAUGUACAACGACAAAGAAUGCCAACCUAGACGGCGAAGAAGGUCAAAACCUUAGGAGUCAAUUGGAAUCCACAGACUGACAAAUUCAGUUUCUCAGUAAAGGAAAUAAAGAUAGAAACGUUAACGAAGAGAACAGUUCUGUCGAGGAUUUCACGUUUGUUUGAUCCACUUGGAUUGGCUUCUGUAGUAACCAUCAAAGCAAGAGUCGCUCUCCAAGAAAUCUGGAAAGCAAAGAAGUAUGAGUGGGACGACCCACUGGGACGACCCACUGAAGAAAUGCGUACUUUGUGGUACAAACUUUUCUGAGAAUUGGAAAGUUUAAACACAAUUACAAUCCCGUGUUGUUUACGUUCUGAUGAAAUUUGUGGUCCAUCCGAGCUGCAUGUAUUCGCUGAUGCCAGUGCCACAGCUUAUGGAGCGGUUGCAUAUCUUCUCUGGGCCACCACAGAAGGUCCUAAAGUUAAUCUCAUCGCCUCGAGAGUAAGAGUUGCUCCUUUACGUCAGGCAACCAUUCCACGGUUAGAGCUUAUGGCAGCACUGGUCGCUUCAAGAUUGGCAAGUACCAUUUACAACGAGUUUAAAACGAAGCCAGCUGUAGUUAAACUGUGGUCCGAUUCGAAGAUCGUUUUGCAUUGGUUACAAUCAGAUUCUGCAUUGUUGAAAGCAUUCGUUGGAGUUUGA